AUGGACGCACUGGAAAAGACACCAACGAAGCUGCAAAAGAUGUUCGUACCACUUGGAGACAUUGGAGAUGUUGGACCAGUGCCGAAGUACAGUGACCUCUCAGGCACUUUUGAUGUCGCUGCCCCGAUGUUCUACUGGGGCGCCACGACGUACCAGGGGAAUAUUGACUGCGCCAAGAUCAAAGUCUGGAUCAACUCCUGGUUGGAGGCUGGCUGGCCGAAGGACAAGAUGUAUCUGACCUUUCAAUCCCAGUCGGCAGCAGCGGACGAGAAAGGGCAACUUGUUCUCAAGUGCUUGACUGAGGAAGUGACUGAGCAAGGAUAUUUGGGCCUGCUUGGCUGGCCUGCACCCAACGCUGCGGACAACAUCAAAAAUAUGGAAACCAUCAAAGCAUCGAUGAACACGACGGAAGAGCCGGAUGCCUGA